AUGGACAUAGACUUACUUCUGUACCAGUUCCAAAGAAGAUGGUGGCCUCUGUGCUCACCUUGCUCACCUCAAGUAAACAUGUUCAACCUGAUGAGCAACUGCUGCACCUGGUUCUCCAAAAUACAGGAGCCGAUCAGGAAAGUGACCAUUUUGGUGGUUGGUCUUGACAAAGCAGGAAAAACAUCCUCCAUCAGAGGGAUUCUAAGAGUCCCCCAUGUUGCAGAAGCUGGACCCACCCAUGGCUGCGUCCGAAGUGAGCUGAGAAUGGAGAACUACCAGGUCAGCUUGCUGGACGUGGGGGGGUCCGCAGAGUCGAGGGGAGCCUGGCGGGGCCUCUAUGGAGAGGCCCAUGGGAUCAUCUUUGUGGUGGACUCCGGUGACAGGCAGAGGAUAAAGGAGGUCAAGGAGGUUCUUGCUGACCUGCUGAAACAACCGAGAGUGGCGGGAAAACCUAUAUUAGUGUUGGCUAACAAACAAGACAAAAUGAACGCUUUGCUGGGAAAUGAGCUGAUUGAGAUUCUGUUACUGGAGAAGCUGGUCAACCAGAGCCGCUCCCUGUGCCAUAUUGAGCCUUGUUCUGCCUUAAUGGACCUGCGGCGCUGGUCGGACAGAAAGACUCAACGGGGCCUUCGCUGGCUGCUGCGUGCUGUUUGUCUGGACUACCCCGAGCUGUGCACUCGUGUAGCCCAGGACAGCAAGAGGCCUCAGGAACCAAGAGAGGGCGAAAAGACCUGGAAAACAGAGAAACUUCGCAGAAAAACCAAGGACCGAAUGCGAUCCAGCAAGUCAGAUCUCCGCCAGGUUCAUCGGCCAAAAGAAAAGGAGAAAAGGGCAAAGAGUGAAGGAAAGCUGCAACCCAUUCGAAACAUGCUGCAAAAGGAAAGCACUCUCAAAAACAAGCUGAACACAAAAAAGAAGAGAAAGAAGCCCGUUGAGGAGAAGGAAAGCAAAAAAGAGCAAGAAGAAGCAAAUGAGCAGGAGGAGGAAGAGGAGGGUGACGGUAACGGAGGAGAGCAUGAAAACUCUGGUCACAGAGAAAAAGCCAGCACCGCCCUGAUCCCCCCGAAAAAACGCAAAGCCAAACGCAAAACAAAAGUUAAAGAAGAGACUCUGGACGUGCCUGAAUCACUGGACAAUGACGAGAAGCCGCCUAAAGCUAAAGGGGAAAAGAAGAAAAAGAAGAAGAAGGUUGUAAAAGUAAAAAGGAAGAACAAGAUCAACACAGAGGAGAUGUCUGAAGCUUACUCUAAACCUGUGGACCUGUCUGCAACCUUUGAUCUUUACCGCAAGGCGAUGCUGGCUCUGAGGGAACGUCAGGAUAAGGGACAGUGA